AUGGCGGCGCCCAUGCAAGCGUGUUAAAUUUGUAAACUGCAAAUAAACAACUGUAUCGUUUGAUUAAUGCAUUUAUAUUUUCUGAAAUUGUGAAGAUGCCAGUGGAUUCUAGGAGGAUAUGUGGGCCGGAGUCAACACAAAGUCCCGUUAUAUUUACUGUAAAUAAAGAUAUAAAACAAGAUAUUUUGUUAAAUGGAGAGCGAAAAAAUGGAAGAAAACUGGAUCAGAUCAGACCAUUGUUUCUACGACCUGGAUUAAUUAGUCAAGCUAAGGGAUCAGCUUAUAUAGAACAGAAUCAUACCAAGGUUAUAUGUGCUGUAUUUGGUCCAAGGGAGGUAAUGAGAAAAGAGGAUUUUAGUAUGAAGGGACAACUUACUUGUGAAUUUAAAUUUGCAACAUUUUCUUGUAAAAAGAAACGACAACAUCAGCAAGAUGCUGAAGAAAAAGAUUUAUCAGUCCAGUUACUGGAAGCUUUUGAACCAGCUGUGCAAUUGGAUAAGUUUCCAAAAGCACAAGUAAAUGUAUACAUAACUGUUCUACAAAAUGAUGGCAGUGCACUGGCAGCAUCUAUAACAUGUGCAUCACUUGCAUUAGCUGAUGCUGGUAUUGAGAUGUAUGAUAUUGUUGUCGGAUCUUCUGUUCGUAUCCAUGGUGAUGUUAUGUUGGUAGAUCCUAGUGAAGAAGAAGAAUAUAGAUCUCAGGAUUGUAACGAUGUAAACGAGGGGAAUGUGGUUGUUGGUCUGAUGCCAUCAAUUAAUCAGAUCUCAGCUUUAACAUCAAAAGGUGAAAUAGAUUUUGAAACUAUCAGUCAGGCCAUUAAAACCUGUAUACAGACCUGCCAGAAAGUAUACCCAGUCUUACAAAAUGCUUUGGUCAAUUCUGUGAAAGCUAAAACAUAGCACAUACACAUAUACAAAAACAUCAGGAGAUUGAAAAUAGAUCUCAAAAGAGACAUUACAUCGAUUGAACUUUAAGUUAUGGUGGACAUUUGUGUCUUUGUGCUCCCUCCAUCACUUAUAAGUUUUAGAAUUUGAAUAAACUCUAAAGUGUAUAUAAAUAUCUGUUUCUGUAUUUGUGUUAACAUCAGAAUGUUGAAUGGAUUAAAUUGAAAAGUACUGUUUGGAAUCAUGGUAAAAAUAUGAGGCAUAUUAAAGAUGUGUUAUGUAAGAGCUAAAUCUGCCUAUUGCAGGUUGUUAUUUUGGCUUCAAAUGUUAUAUAAACUAUUAUUUAGACAUUUAUUAACAUAAUCAACACUCUAGACUGUCGGAUGGCAGAGAUUUCAAUGGUUUAGAAUGCCCAAUAGAUUAAAAAAUUAAUGAUAAAAUGGAUAGUCCAGUACAGUUGCUACGAUAAUAAACUAUCUAAGCUACAUCUUGCAACACCCACAACAUCGCUCAGAAGAAAGUAAUUUGAAUGAAAUUUUCAAUAUUACAUGUAUAUUCAUUAUUCAUUAUCUAUUUUUGAACUAUGACAGCAAGAACGGCCAGCACUAUCUAUGACAGCCUUGUUAGCACAGUAUUUUAGUCAUUUCAGAUUUAACAUGGUCAAAUUCAAGAUCAAAUUAAAGAUCAUUAAGGUCAACACUCUUUAAAACACCCCUAUGUCCAAAUUAAUGACAGAUUGGGAAUCCUUGUAGAAAUGCAUUUCAAGCAAUACCCAUUUCAGCAAUUUUGACCAAUGGGUUACAGAACUAUGGUCUUUUCAAUAUUGGCAGCUAUGCCCAAGUUGGACAAAACAGCCAAAUUAUACGGGGCAGAUCCCAGGAAUGUAUUUUUGAACUAUGACAGCAAGAACGGCCAGCACUAUCUAUAUCUUACAUAAUAAUGAAUAUAAUAGAAAAAGAGCAACAAGACAUUAAACUGUUAUGAACAAGAAUGUGCAAAACAGAUCUAAAAUAAUUUUAUGAAAUUUUGGUAUUAAAGGCAUGAUAUUCCAGAUUAAAAGACAAAAUUAGACCUUCAGAUAGUUGCCUUCCCAAUCAAAAAUUGAUCCAGAAAUGAUUAAAGUCCAUGUCAAUAUUUUUAUCUCUUAUACACCACUGAAGGAUAAAUCAUUUCUAUCUGUGAACAUUGAGCUGAAUAACUUUGUUUUUAUGGUGUAAAUAUAAUAACCACUUCUCAAGUUUUUGUUAAUUUUAAAUAAGGAAAUGUACAUUGGGGGAAUCAAUGGCACCAGUAUCAUGGAAUCAAGUCCUUAUUAACUGUACUGUCACCACAGCUGGUGUAAUGCUAACAGUAGUUGAAAAAAAUAUUUAGCAGUGUAUUUUAAGAGCCAUCUUAUUGGGCAAGAUUUGUUGAUGGAAAUGAAGACAGGCACAUGCUAUGAGGGAAAUUUUGUCAGGACAGCAGCGCUACGGCCUACUCUUAUUUUGAAUUCCAACUAUCCAGGAUUCUUUUAUGUGCAUUCCAAUGUGUACACAGGACCUUGUCUUGUUUUUUUGCAACAUCCUAAUGACUAGACAGCUGUUCUUGUAAGGCCCGCUGUCCUGUAUCACUUUGUUGUUAUAGAAUUGUUAAUGAUCUGUUAUGUAUAUUGAUCAACUGUAGAAUAAACUUGACAUGCUGACUAAAGCAAUCUGAUUACAUUUUUUUUGUUUUAUGCUUUUGGCAGCCUUCACUCUAUAUACAUGUAGAUGUCUGUCACCAGAUUGUGUGGAAGAUUCAGGGGUCACAUUCAUGACUGAAUUAUUAUUAAUAUUAACCAUUGUUUUGUUUUGUCUACUGACCAAUAGAUGUCUCCCAGAAUUCUGUGAAGAACUUGAAUAAAGCUUGACUAAACAGGCCAUUUCAUUGGCUUAUCACCCAGUUAUCACAUUAUUGUCAUGGCCUAGAGUUUGUAUUAUAUUUGUUCAAUAAAAUUGGAGCCAAA